UCCGCCUCUUUAGACUCUGCAGACCAAAGAAGAAGACUCAUCUUCUCUCCAUCCCCCUUUUCAUCUUCGUACUCCCAUUGGCCAUCCAUCAUAUUCUGCAAAUGGAGUUUUGGGGUGUUGAAGUCAAGCCUGGAGAACCUCUGAAGGUCAAACCUGAAGUGUUCAGGCUUAUUCACAUCUCCCAGGCAGCUUUGGGUGAGAUAAAGGAUGGAAAAGGGCCAAAGUGUGUUCCGAUUCAUUUGAAGGUUGGCGACAAAAAAUAUGUUAUGGGGACUCUUUCAGCAGAGGAUAGACCACAGUUGAUGUUUGACUUGGUUUUUGAGAGAGAAUUUGAGCUCUCACAUGACUGGAAAGAUGGAAGCAUCUACUUCGCUGGAUACAUUGCUGAUGAUGACAGUAGUGAACUUGAAAGCCAUAGUGAUGGUGAAGAUUUCUCCAAUGAAGAUGAAGAGGAGGAAAAUCAAGUUGAUGAACUUCAAAAUGCCAAACUUGAGCCUAACGUUGGCCCGAAGGCUGCUACGAAUAAGGCUCUUCCUGCUGAGCCCAAGCCCUUGGAAAAGUCAAUAUUGAAGAAGGUGGAGCUAAAGAAAGACAAGACAGAAUCAAAUGAAGAUGAUGAUGACAGUGAUGUUAGCGAAGAUGAUGAUGAAGGAAAGGAAAUUAGUGAGAUGGAAGAGGAUUCAAGUGAUGCCUCAGCAGAUACAGACUCAGAAGACAGCGACGAUGAGAAUCAAUAUAUGGUAUCUCAAAAGACCAAGUCUGGGAAGAAAAGACCACCUGAAACUGCUACGGAGAUGCUUGUUCCAGUGGCAGCAAAGAAAACAAAAUCAGCUGCACCUCAAAUAUCGGGUGGGAAAAGUCCAUCUGCAAAUGGAAAGUCUGGCAGUCAAGUAUCUGGCAAAUCCUGUAGCAAGACAUUCAAUUCUAAGAAUGCUCUACAGUCUCGUGCCAAGGCUAAGCAUGGUGGUAAAUAAAAUGUGGUUAGAUCUCUGCUUUUGAUUGUCACGAUUUUGGUACUGCAGACAUACGGAUGCAUUGGGGAUUUAGCAAUACUUCUCAUUAUUAUAGGUCUACAAUUUUGCAUAGUGAUAUAGUAGAGACCUUGGGAUCCUUAGUUAUAGUGCUAUACUGUAGUUUCUGCAACUGCUAUGUGCUUCAGGAUUUUUAUUUAUCUCAAGGGAUUUAUAUACAAUAUUGUUGUGCUGUUACCUGCCAAUGUACUUGUUUGGUCAUGGUAUAUUGAGGUGAAUUUUUCGAGUAGUAAAAGGCCUUCAAGAGAUGUUUCGAAAUUUCA